UACUAUAUAUCAUUCUCUUACCCUUUGGCAUACCACAUUGAUGAUGACUUUUCCAACUCUUGAUUUGAUUUACACUAAGUUUUUCUUUUUGUUGUGUUUUCUUAUCUUAUUGAUUCCUGGUUUUGUGUUUGUUUCUUGCACCUCCAAGUUAUUAGGCAACGAGACAGACAAAAUUUCCCUUCUUGAAUUCAAAAAAAUGAUAAAAGAAGAUCCUUUUAGUGUCUUGACCACAUGGAAUGAAACCAUCCAUUUCUGUGAAUGGUCUGGUGUUUCAUGUGGUCGUCGUCACCAUAGAGUCACAGCCAUAAAGCUCAAGUCUUUGAAGUUGGGGGGAUCAGUGCCUUCACACAUCGGUAACUUGAGCUUUCUCAGGGUUCUAGAGCUCAAAAACAACAGUUUCUCAGGUAAAAUUCCACCUGAAAUUGGUAAUUUGCAUAAGUUGCAGAUUUUGUACUUAAACAAUAAUUCUCUCAAUGGGUUUAUACCGUCAAACAUUUCUGCGUGCAAAAACUUGAAAACUUUAGCUUUGGCAUACAACAAUCUCGUAGGCAAUGUUCCACCAGAGCUUGGCACUUUAACUAAUCUCGAAUUCUUUGAUUUUACUCACAACAACCUUACUGGUAAAAUCCCUCAACCUCUUGGGAAUCUUUCUUUGCUUUAUGGCUUUUCUGUCUCGUUCAACAACAUCAUUGGAGAAAUACCUGAUUCUCUAGGUAGAUUACCAAAACUAAAAUACUUUGUAGUCAGUGGAAAUAAUUUAACCGGCACUGUGCCUUCUUCUCUAUUCAAUCAUUCAUCCUUGUUGGCUCUUGAUGUGGCCAUGAAUUGCAUUCAUGGGACUUUGCCCCCCAAUCUUUUUGUCAAUCUUCCCAGCCUUUUUUAUUUUGGUUUUCAAAUUAACAAUUUCACUGGAAGUAUUCCUACUACAUUAUCCAAUGCUACAAACAUGCAGUUCUUCCAUGUUCUUUCAAAUGGGUUGACAGGAAAAGUUCCUGACCUUAGAAAACUGCAAAAAAUUCAGAGGUUUGUGGUUGGAAAUAACCAUCUUGGGGAGGGGAUGUUUGAUGACCUCAACUUCCUUUCUUCAUUGAUCAAUACCUCCAGCAUAGAAAUUUUGGAACUUAGUCGUAAUAAUUUUGGAGGUUGCUUGCCCAGAUUGAUCACUAACAUUUCAAGAAACCUUGUAUAUCUCCACCUUCACAGCAAUGAAGUUUCUGGAAAUAUUCCAAAGGGGAUUUCUAAUCUCAUUGGCUUGGAGACUCUAUAUUUGGGUGUCAACAAAUUUAGUGGGGAAAUCCCAUUCGAGAUUGGGUUUCUGAGAAAUCUACAAAAAUUGGGUUUAUUUGGAAACAGAUUUGUUGGGAAAAUCCCAUCUUCUUUAGGAAAUCUAACCCGUUUAUUCACACUCAGUUUAGAAGAAAACUACCUCCAGGGAGUUAUUCCUCGAAGUCUUGGAAAAUGUCAAAACCUAUUGAUGUUAACCCUUUAUAAGAACAACCUUAGUGGUUACAUCCCUAAGGAAGUUCUAAGACUAUCAUCCUUGUCAAUUGCUUUGGAUCUAUCUUACAACCAGUUGGUAGGUUCCAUUCCAAACGAGAUUGGAUAUUUGAUAAAUCUAGACUACUUGGAUUUGUCCUAUAAUUCAUUGUCAGGCCAUAUUCCAACAACGCUUGGUAGCUGCGUGUACUUGGAAAUGUUGAGUCUUACCAAUAACCACCUUCAAGGCCCUAUUCCAUCAGCUUUGUCAAAUUUAAGGGGACUGCAAUUUUUAGACCUUUCUCACAACAAAUUAACAGGUCAAUUCCCAGCUUUCUUCAAGGACUUCAAACUUUUACAGAAUUUGAAUCUUUCGUACAAUGAUUUGGAAGGGGCAGUCCCAACCAAAGGAAUCUUCAACGACACAAGUUCUGUUUCGAUUGUAGGAAAUAGAAAGCUGUGUGGGGGAAUAACUGAACUGAAACUUCGUGAAUGUAAUACUACAAAGCCCGAGAAGAAGAAAUCAAAAUCUUAUUUGAAAGUAGUAAUUCCUUUGAUUCUUGGUGUUAUUGGGAUAACUCUUGUAGUGUUUAUUCUUUGCCUUAGGUGGUUUAGAAGACAUAGAAAAGAACCGUUACCCCAUUUGUUAGAAAACUCCACCUUAAGGGUGUCAUACCAUUCCCUCCACAAGUCCACUAAUGGAUUCUGCGAAGAAAAUUUACUAGGAGUUGGUGGUUUUGGAGCUGUAUAUAAAGGAUGUUUUGAUCAAGAUGGAAUAGUUUUCGCAGUCAAGGUACUUGAUCUUCUGCACCAAGGAGCGUCCCGCAGUUUUGUAGCUGAGUGUGAAGUGUUGAAGAACACUAGACACCGCAAUCUUGUCAAGGUAUUAACUGCAUGUUCAGGGUAUGAUCUCCAAGGGAAUGAUUUCAAGGCACUAGUUUAUGAAUACAUGGAUAAUGGGAACCUUGAGAACUGGCUGCAUUUUAUUCCAAAAGAGAAUUCUCGGAGGUUAAGUUUUGUUGAGAGGAUAAACAUUCUCAUCGACGUGGCCUGCGCUCUAGAUUAUCUUCAUAAUGAUUGUGAACCUGCAAUAAUCCAUUGCGAUCUCAAGCCAAGCAAUGUUCUCCUUGAUAAAAACAUGACUGCACAUGUUGGUGAUUUCGGAUUGGCAAGAUUUGUACAACAAAGGCCGAUUCAAAGUUGUUCAGAAAACAACAGUUCUAUAGGAGGAGUUGGAGGAACUAUUGGUUAUGCUCCACCAGAAUAUGGUAUUGGAAGUAAGGCAUCAAAGGCAGGAGAUGUAUAUAGCUUUGGCAUACUAAUCUUGGAAAUGCUCAUUGGGAGGAGACCUACAGAUGAAUUGUUCAAAGACGGCUUAAACCUCCAUAGCUAUGCUAAGGCGGGUUUAGCAGAGAGAGGAGUGGAGAUUGCAGAUCCAAAAAUUCUCCAAGAAAGAGUUGAACAAAUACAAAUGAGGAACAAAGGGAAAUCUUGCAAGGAGAAUGACAAAUUUGAUGUGUGCUUAGUUUGUAUGAUCAAAGUUGGGGUUGCCUGUUCUGUUGAAUUCCCUGCAGAUAGAAUGAACAUUAGUGAUGUUGUUGGUGAAUUAAAUAAAGUAAGGAAAUCCUUCUUGAUGUAAUUAAUUCCAGCUUUUACAUAAGCUUAUUCUCUUGGCUUCAGUGUAAUGAAAUAUAUGAAGUGCAUCAGGGAAAUGAUUUAUGAAUCACCAAAAACAUCUGAAUGUAAAUACUACAAGUACAUAAUACUAAUCACGCCGGAGAAGACAACAUCUACAGAGCCACCACCAGCCAGAGUUCAUGGACGACAGAACAUCCAACCGGAAUAUAGAAUCACCACCUUUGCACAAUUACGCCGGAAAACAUACACCUCCAGAAAAAAACACACAAACCCACA